UCUCGCCGCGCUCCCACGUUCAUCGGCUACUCGGGAUGAUCGGUAAACGGACUGCGACACGUUCGCGCGUCGGCGCUUUCCUCAAGCUGCUGCUUCAGUUAUCGCCGAUUGCUAUUGCUGCCGUACCGGGGUCCGUGCGCAACGACAAUCAGUCGCUGACCAUCGAAGGUCCAACCUUCACCGAGGCAAUAUCAAACGUGACUAUUCCAGUUGGGCGGGAAGCCGUUCUUUCCUGCGUUGUCGAGGACCUGUCAAUGUACAAGGUUGCAUGGCUACGUGUAAAUACACAAACAAUUUUAACGAUAGCCAAUCACGUAAUUACAAAGAACCACAGGAUUGGGGUAACGCAUAGUGAUCAUCGAACAUGGUACUUACACAUUCGAGAUGUUCACGAGUCUGAUGCAGGUGAUUACAUGUGCCAAAUAAAUACGGAUCCGAUGAAGAGUCAAAUUGUAUAUUUGGAAGUCGUUGUGCCGCCCGACAUUCUGGAUUAUCCAACAAGCACGGACAUGGUUGUUCGCGAAGGUAGAAAUGUGACGUUGAAAUGCGCGGCGACAGGUACGCCGAAUCCGAAUAUUACUUGGAGGCGCGAGGCAAGCGAGCUCAUACCUCUUAAUAACGGACAAGAAGUUAUUAGCGUGGAAGGAGCAUUCUUCAAUAUAACAAGAGUGAAUCGUCUACAUAUGGGUCCAUAUUUAUGCAUAGCAUCCAAUGGCGUGCCGCCGACCGUUAGUAAGAGGAUCAUGUUGAUAGUUCAAUUUCCACCGAUGAUAUGGAUUCAAAAUCAACUAGUUGGUGCUCAAGUUGGACAAGAAAUAACUCUGGAGUGUUUAUCGGAAGCUUUUCCUAAGUCUGUAAAUUAUUGGACUCGAGACAAUGACGACAUUAUAGCAAAUAGUGAUAAAUACGAACCUGUACUACUGGAUAAUAUUUACAAAAUGCACAUGAAAUUGACUAUACGAACAGUAGGACUAGGAGACUAUGGAACAUACAAAUGUAUUUCAAAGAAUUCUCUUGGCAGUACCGAUGGGACUAUAAAACUUUAUCACAUCCCUACACCAACGACACAACCAAAAACGACGUCUACACCGACUCCCACUGUCACCAGAGAGCAGCCAAACUUGACUAAUUGA